CAUUUUGCCACAAGCACACAAAUGGCUUCUGGAAUCAUCUUGUUGUUCAGCGCCGCCGUUGCCAGGGCGCAACAGGUCUACAUUCCUGGGACAUGGCCAGCACUGCCCAGCCAAUGUAGCAACUACUCAGAAACACCUUCCGAGCCAACUUACUCCUUCACACCGUUCUCCUACACCCAGACCGAAACAACACGGACUCCCAUCAGUGCCACGCCGGGGCCCUCGACGACGUAUGCGCCGCCUUACAGCUCCUUGAGCCACCUAGUGCCAAACCUGUCGACCACAACAUGGGGCAAUUGGGAUCCCAAUGCUACCGUCACAGCCAGUGACACCCAGGACCCAUACGGGCAGGCGGCCUGGACCGCACUCUGGGAGCGCGCAGACAUCGCAAACUUUACUUUCCGUGGGCUCUACAGCACCACGGUGGAACCGACCCCUGUGCCCACCAGCGAGCUGAUCCUGCCGCCACCAGAUUACUUUGGGCCUCAGGAUUGCAUUAAAUUCCCCAAGGGUUUCGAGUUUGGCGUCGCUGGGUCGGCCUCGCAGAUCGAGGGUGCAAUUGCGGACCAGGGACGAACUCCCACCUUGAUGGAGACGUUGGGGACGGUGAACAAGGACUAUGUGACCAAUGAGAACUACUACCUGUACAAGCAAGACAUUGUGCGUAUUGCCUCCAUGGGAGUCAGGUACUAUUCGUUCUCAAUCCCCUGGACUCGCAUCCUCCCGUUCGUGUUCGAGGGAUCGCCCGUCAAUCAAGAAGGACUUGAUCAUUACGACGACCUCAUCAACUUUACCAUUGAACGCGGCUUGAUUCCAGUGGUGACGCUUAUUCAUUUCGACACACCGUUGCAGUUCUACGGCAAUCUCUCGACUACGAGUGACCCGCCGCUUGUCGGCUACGUCAACGGGGCAUAUCAGAAUGAGACGUUCGAAGACGCCUUUGUCAACUAUGGCAAGAUCGUCAUGACACACUUCGCCGACCGCGUGCCCAUCUGGUACACCUUCAAUGAGCCGCUCCUGUACAGCUACAACGGCAAGAGCAUCAACACGGUGAUCAAGUCCCAUGCGCGGCUGUACCACUUCUACCACGACGAGAUCUGCGGGACAGGCCAAGUCGCGCUCAAGUUCAACGACAACUUUGGCGUCCCGCGCGAUCCCAAGAACCAGUCCGACAUUGACGCGGCGAACCACUUCAACGACUUCCAGCUCGCCACCUUUGGCAACCCCAUCUUCCUGGGCAAGGACUACCCGGAGGCCUUCAAGAUGACGAUCCCGGACUACGUGCCGCUCUCGGCCGACGACCUCGCCUACAUCAACGGCACCGCCGACUUCCUCGGGAUCGACCCCUACACGGCGACCGUCGUGUCCCCGCCGGACUACGGCAUCCCCGCGUGCGCGAGCAACAGCUCGGACCCGUUCUUCCCGUACUGCGUCAACCAGAGCACCCUGACGACGAAUGGGUGGAACAUUGGCUACCGCUCGCAGAGCUACGUCUACAUCACCCCGACGUACCUGCGGACGUACCUCAACUACCUCUGGAACACGUUCCGGAAGCCCGUCGUCAUCUCCGAGUUCGGCUUCCCCGUGUUCGCCGAGGCCGAGAAGGCGGAGCUGUCCGACCAGCUGUACGACACGCCGCGGAGCAUCUACUACCUGAGCUUCCUGAGCGAGACGCUCAAGGCCAUCUGGGAGGACGGCGUCCACGUGCGGGGCAUCUACGCGUGGAGCUUUGCGGACAACUGGGAGUUUGGGGACUAUGACGCGCAUUUCGGGGUCCAGACGGUCAAUCGGACGACGCAGGUGCGCAACUAUAAGAAGAGCUUCUUUGACCUGGCGGAUUUCAUGGUGGCGAGGUUGCAGGAUUGAGUGGCGUGGGGAGGAGGAGAAGAAAAAAGAAAAAAAAAAAGAAGAAAAAGGAAUAGAAAAGAACGAUACUCACAAGAGGAUGGGAACGAAGCACGCAGAUGGGAUUUGUAAACAUAGUUGACACCUCUCAUAGUCCGUGCCCCUGAAGUCCGUUGAUCGUGAGUUUCGAGGUUCCACAACCUCAAUUCCGUGUAUGGACUGCUCCUGUGACAGUCCACCAUUUCUAAAGCAACUGAAUUGGCAUGCCGAAACACUCGUCACUCCUGGCCCCCAAGGUACAUACCCACAAGCAAGUCACUCACACGAGCCAAACGAGCUUGCAUCCGAACAUCGGGGCCUCCCCUUAAAGAAGAUAGUUAAUUGACUGUGAGGCUUGUGCGCGAGCUGCAC